GCUGGCAGUGAUGGGGAAAGUAUUGGAAACUGCCCCUUCUCGCAGCGCCUCUUCAUGAUCCUGUGGCUGAAAGGGGUCAUAUUCAACGUCACCACCGUGGAUUUGAAAAGAAAACCUGCAGACCUGCAGAACCUGGCCCCGGGCACCAACCCCCCCUUCAUGACCUUCGACGGCGAAGUGAAAACCGACGUCAACAAGAUCGAGGAAUUCUUGGAAGAGAAGCUGGUGCCACCCCGGUACCCCAAACUUGCCCCCAAGCACCCCGAGUCCAACUCUGCAGGAAAUGACGUGUUUGCCAAGUUCUCUGCGUUUAUAAAGAACCCGAGGAAAGAUGCAAAUGAAAAUUUGGAAAAGUCUCUGCUGAAAGCCCUGAGGAAGCUGGACAACUAUUUAAACAGCCCCCUGCCUGACGAAAUCGAUGCUUACAGCACGGAGGAGAUCACCGUUUCCAGCCGGAAAUUCCUGGAUGGAGAUGAGCUCACUUUAGCCGAUUGCAACCUCCUACCAAAGCUCCACAUAAUCAAGGUCGUGGCGAAAAAAUACCGAAAUUUCGAUUUCCCCCCUGAAAUGACAGGGAUUUCCAGAUACUUGAACAAUGCAUACGCAAGAGAUGAAUUCACAAACACUUGCCCUGCUGAUCAAGAGAUUGAAUAUGCCUAUUUGGAUGUGGCCAAGAGAAUGAAGUAACCAGAAGAUGCCUCUGUUCCUUGCUCCUGAGACGGGAAAGCAAAAGCCAGCAGAUGUUCUGCGGGGUGAUUUUAAGUUGUGCUAUCGGCCAAUCCUUUUAUAAUGAUUGUACUGCAUUGUUUGCUCCUUCUUCAGCUCUCUGUGUGCAUGUUGGUGUGUCUUGCACACACGAGUGUCUCUUGUCCCUUCCAAGGUAAAGGCAUCCACCAGUAUUAAAGAUCUGCUGAAUUUUGGGAAGCAGUGUAGGUCACACAGUGAUAGCAGACCCACAGGCUGAACGGCUGAAUUUGGGGCAGGAACAGCCCUGUUUGUGCCCCACCUUUCACCUGGGGGUGUUGCUGCCCCUGCUCUCUGUCCCACAGUUGUUGCCACACUCCACAGUCAAGGAAAGGUUUCUCUUUGCUCCAGCAGCACCUGGCUAAGCCAGGAGAGAGGCCAACCUGCAGUGGGACCACACCUGGUGUCCCCAGAGUUUGUCCUCCGUGCCAGAGACCUGCAGGGCAGGUCGACCAGGGACAACUCCUUUUCACCUGGCACGGCUCCUUUCCUUUGGCAUGGAAAAUAAACAAAGAAGAAUUCCUGCCUUCUCCUCUCUCGGGGCUGCAUAACCCAUCAAACUUCCCCCCCGGUGCUCCCAAAGACAGGAAUUCUGGCCUGGGGACUAUCUGCCCUUAGAUAUUUGAUGAGGGAGGAGGAGGGAGAGACUUGGUUGUCACUACAGACAGAAGAUGUGGGUGAACAUCCAUCCCCAGAUACUGAUGUGGGGUUCCUUUGUCAUCCUUCCAUGGCUCUUAUUUGGAUUUGGAAAGCAAAGAGGGGCAGAGGGUCUAAGAAAGGAACAAUCCUUCUGUAUUCCCUGACAGGAGGGGGAGCCGGGGGGGGUCGGGCUCUGCUCCCGGGGAACAAGGGACAGGAGGAGA